GGCUAAGGUACCUUAUCGAGGCCAGCUCCACAGUCCUCAGUGAUCCUUCGAUCUUCGUGUUGGAGGGGCAUUGGAGUGGCACGCCCUGGCCUGAUCGCAUCCAUUGCCCCGGGCUUUCUUCGCCACGCCCUUUUCCUAAGAUGUGUGCGCGCUGCAGCGACUCCUGGCACCGCACCGAGUCCUGAGCCUGGAAAGCAGGGAAGGGAAGCCCAGGGAAAGCCCAGCAUGGACGGGCACGCGGACGGGCCCGACGAGGGCUCGGCCCGCGAUGGGCGCAACCCACUGCGCGGGGAGCAAGAUGGCGAUGGAGAUGGCAAUACCCCCGGCUUCUACCGCCAGGGGACGAACCCGAGCAGCGCCAGCAUCUUUGAGGAUGUCGAGAUGGCGCAGGAUGAGCUCUUUGCCGGCCCUGUGGCUGAGUCCCUCCCGACGAGCGUCUCUGCCUUCAGUCACCGUCGCGCGCGCGCCGAUUCGAUUGCGAGCUUCUCCUUUUACCAGGAGGAGGUGGACGAGCCCGAGGCACCGGGGCCCAUGUUUGCACCCUCGGACGGGAGACCGUCAGUGGGCGACCUCGAGGAGAUGCCGCUCGAGGACGAGUACGAAGAGCAAGAGGAGGACUCGACCGAUCUGGAGCGCAACGCCGCCUAUGACGACCAUGUCUUUCUGCGCAGAACGUCGACGCAAUCCAGAAGCUCGGUGCACAGCAGACUCUUGCGACGGGACAGCGGCGUGUCCGCCGGCAGCGGGUACGGCGCGAACCGUACCAGCCAGAAAGUGUACAUGGUGAAUGAGGACCUCUAUAUUGCGAUUGCCGGGUUCCGGACCAGCCGCAUUGGACUUGCCAUCUACCUUCUCCUUUGCCUGGCUACCCUAGGCGGGGCGUGGCUUGUCUUCCGCUGGCUGCCCAGAUGGCACAUCAAGUUGGUUGGCAAGCCGUCGCCGCUCAGGGAUUGCAGCUGGGUCGUUGUCGAGAAUCAGUGGAACGAGAUGGCGAUCCUGAACGUGGAUCUUACGCCCUACGGGAGGUCUCUGUCGACAGUGUUCGGGGCUCCAGGGAAGAUGACCUCGUACGUCGCCGGCGAGGACCCAGACCCUAUUCUGCAGGACCUCCGCAUGAUCAAUUACCGUUAUGUGCGGUUCUUCUUCCAUCCGCUCCGGGACAAGUUCGUCCUUGGGAACGGCUGGAAGGACCCCCUGUGGUCAACCGUCAGAGGAGUUCGUGCUGGCAUCGACAGCGAGGAAAAAAGCCACCGCGACAUUAUUUUCGGUAGCAACCUCAUCGACAUCGAGCAGAAGUCGCUGUUCCGACUCCUCGUUGACGAGGUGUUCCAUCCGUUCUACGUCUUCCAAAUUGCUAGCUUGAUUCUCUGGUCACUCGACGAAUACUACUACUACGCCGUUGCCAUCUUCCUCAUGUCCGUGGGCAGCAUCACAACGACACUCAUCGAGACAAGAUCCACAAUGAGGAGACUGCGUGAAAUCUCUCGGUUUACGUGCGAUGUCAGGGUUCUCCGGAACGGCUUCUGGCGCUCGGUCUCGUCGAGUGAUCUCGUUCCGGGGGAUGUCUACGAGGUCAGCGACCCGAGCCUCAGCCAAUUCCCUGCGGAUAGUCUUCUUCUUAGCGGCGACUGCAUCGUCAACGAGAGCAUGCUAACCGGCGAAUCCGUGCCGGUGUCGAAAACACCCGCAACUGACGGGACGCUUCAAAGUUUAGAUCUGGCAGCAUCCACCAUGCUCCCAGAGGUUGCGAAGCACUUCCUAUUCUGCGGGACUAAGAUUGUCCGUGCUCGGCAACCGCAGGAAGCUCGGGGCGAGGAAGCUGGGGCGCUCGCUCUAGUCGUAAGGACGGGCUUCAACACGACCAAAGGCGCCCUGGUUCGCUCCAUGCUGUUCCCUAAGCCUUCCGGUUUCAAGUUCUACAAAGACUCCUUCCGGUACAUCUCGGUGAUGGCCUGCGUGGCGCUGCUGGGAUUCACCGCGUCAUUCGUCAACUUCAUCAGGCUUCGUCUGGAUUGGCAUUUGAUCGUCGUCCGCGCGCUCGAUCUCAUCACGAUCGUGGUCCCGCCAGCGUUGCCGGCAACUCUGACGAUCGGUACCAACUUCGCCCUCGGACGGUUAAGAGCCAAGCAGAUCUUCUGUAUCAGCCCCCAGAGGGUGAACGUGGGUGGCAAGCUCGACCUGAUGUGCUUUGACAAGACCGGCACAUUGACAGAGGAGGGACUCGAUAUUCUCGGGGUGCGCGUUGUCUUGCGGGCCAGCAACCAGUUCAGCGAACUGUUCACUCGUGCCGAUGACCUUGUUUCGGAUCAAGGCUCGAUUUCUGCGGGCCAGGACCACGCCGACACCCGAAGCGCAGCGCUCCAUGCGAUGGCGACCUGCCAUUCACUCCGGACGGUAGACGGCGAGCCAGUCGGCGACCCUCUUGAUCUCAAAAUGUUCGAGUUCACCUCGUGGUCGUUCGAGGAGGGAAACCUCCAUGGCGGCAAUGUUGAUGAUGAGGACCAAGGGACGACUCUCCAACCUUCAGUUGCCAGACCACCACCGGGGCUCAAACACCCGGCAGACAGCAUUGAGCACGGUUCCACGCAGAAUUUUCCGUUCGAGCUUGGCAUUCUGAAGUCGUUCGAGUUCGUCUCCCAGCUUCGCAGAGCCAGUGUCGUUGUGAGGACAUUGGGGCGCCACGGUGGGGACGUCUAUGUCAAGGGCGCGCCGGAGUGCAUGCGGGAGAUCUGCCGGCCAGAGACUUUCCCAGCCGACUACGACGAGCUCCUGUCACAGUACACCCACAAAGGUUACCGGGUGAUUGGCUGUGCCACCAAGCACAUAAAGAAGCUCAGCUUGCCCAAGGUCUACAAGAUGAAACGGCACGAGGUUGAGUCAGACUUGGACUUCGUCGGCUUCAUCAUUUUCGAAAACAAGCUGAAGCCUACCACCACGGCCGUGCUUAAGCAGCUUCUCGAGUCCAACAUCGGCGCCGUCAUGGUAACCGGCGACAACAUCUUGACCGCCAUCAGCGUGGCAAGGGAAUGCGGCAUGAUCAGCAAGACAGCCCAUUGCUUUGUUCCUCGGUUCCUGACAGGUGAUGCCAGGGACCCCAACGCCAGUUUGCAGUGGGAGAGCAUCAACAACCAGGCCUACCGGCUUGACCCGAGAACGUUGCUUCCGCUGCCGCCGCCGCCAGAACAGGACGCAUCGCUGCCGUACGAUAUAUCAAACCUUCGCAACUACUCGGUUGCCGUCAGCGGCGAGGUCUUCCGGUGGGUGGUCGACUUUGCGCCACCUGAGGUCAUGCGGCGCAUGCUGGUCACCGGCAAGGUCUUUGCCCGCAUGUCGCCGGACGAGAAGCACGAGCUGGUGGAGAAGCUGCAGAGCAUCGACUACUCGUGCGGAUUUUGCGGUGACGGCGCGAACGAUUGCGGGGCGCUCAAGGCGGCCGACGUGGGCAUCUCGCUCUCGGAAGCCGAAGCGUCGGUCGCGGCGCCGUUCACGUCGCGAGUGUUCGACAUCCGGUGCGUGCCCGAGGUGAUCCGGGAGGGUCGAGCGGCGCUCGUCACGAGUUUCAGCUGCUUCAAAUACAUGAGCUUGUACUCGGCCAUCCAGUUCACCUCGGUCAGUUUUCUGUACGCCUCGGCAUCCAACCUGGGCGACUUCCAGUUUCUCUUCAUUGACCUGGCGCUCAUUCUGCCCAUUGCCGUCUUCAUGAGCUGGGCUGGCCCAUUUCCGGAGCUGUGCCGCAAGCGGCCUACCGCAGACUUGGUGUCGCGCAAGGUGCUCGCUCCGCUGCUGGGUCAGAUAUGGAUCUGUAUCCUGAUCCAAGCACUGGCGUUCGUGGCAGUCCGUCGGCAGCCGUGGUUCAUUCCGCCUGUCGUCGACCCUGAGAAAUCAAACAUUGAAAACUCGGAGAACACGGCACUGUUCUUGACCUCUUGCUUCGAAUAUAUCUUGGCUGGGGUGGUGCUCAACGCCGGUCGUCCGUUUAGACAUUCGGCGAUCCACAAUUGGCCAUUCGUUGCCACGAUAGUUGCCACCCUCGCCAUCACUUCGGUCAUGGUCGCCUAUCCGCCUGGGUGGCUAUCCCGCGUCAUGCAGCUGACAUACCUCAGCGGGGACUUCAAGCGCCUCGUAUUUGGACUCGGAGCGCUGUACCUCUGUCUGGCGUGGUUCGGGGAGCACUUUGCGUUCCAGCGUCUUGCGCGGCUGGUGGGGAGGAUAAGACAGUCGGCGUUGAAGAGGCCAAAGCAGAGGAAGCAAUACAAGGUAAUACAGGAGCAGAUGUUAUUCUAGAUGCUGUAGACUUGGAUAGCGUGCAUGGAUGGGCGGCGUCGGGUUGGAUAGAGUAGCUUGGCAUUGGCCGACC